AUGCGCUGCUCCACCCUCCUGUGUAUCCUGACGGGGGUGCUGCUCUACCUAGUGCUGGGGGCCGUGGUGUUCCAGGCCCUGGAGGCUCCCCAUGAGGAGGGCCAGCACAUACAGCUGCAGGACACACGCAGAGCCUUCUUGGAGAACUACACCUGCGUCAGCCCAGACAUCCUGCAGGCCCUCAUAGAGGAGGUGGCAGAUGCUGUGGGUGCGGGUGUGGAUCCUAGCAGCAAUUCCUCCACCUUCACCAGCCAAUGGGACCUGGCCAGCGCCUUUUUCUUCUCUGGGACCAUCGUCACCACCAUUGGUUUUGGGAACAUCUCCCCAAAGACAGAAGGGGGGCAGCUGUUCUGUAUUUUUUAUGCCCUGGUGGGGAUCCCUCUGUUUGGUAUCCUGCUGGCUGGAGUUGGAGACCAUCUGGGGACCGGGCUGAGGAAGGCCAUCCUCAAAAUUGAAUUUCUCUUAGCGAAAUGGAAGGUGAGUCCUACUAUUGUUCGAGUCAUCUCAGCCAUACUCUCCAUCCUGUUGGGGGUAGCACUCUUCGUUGCAGUGCCAACGCUGGUGUUUCAGGAGGUGGAGAAGUGGACUCUCCUGGAGGCGUCCUACUUUGUUGUCAUCACCCUGACUACAGUGGGUUUUGGAGACUAUGUUGCAGGUGAUAGUGGAGAUGGUGGUAAAGACCACUGGUACAAGCCCCUGGUGUGGUUCUGGAUCCUGCUGGGCCUGGCCUACUUUGCUUCCAUCCUGUCCAUGGUUGCAAACUGGCUUCGGGUCCUGUCCAAGAAGACCAGGGCUGAGAUGGAGGAGCUCAGAGCCCGUACCACUGACUGGGGUCAGAACAUCCAGAACAUGUCCGUGGACUUCCGCAUGCCGGACGACCCCUUCAAACGACGACGACGAAAGCGUCGACAUGGCCCUCGCAGCCGAGGCAAUGGGGCUGGCCACGUGUCUGGGACCCCUGGGAAGGGGGGCAGAGUGAUGGAGAAUGGCCAGCUGAACAGCCAAUCAGAGACUGGAUCGUCCUCAUACUCUUACUCAUCCAACGAGUCAGAGUCUGGAUCUGCGACAGGGUCAGAGGUCUCGCAGCAUGAGCAGGUAGUAGAGGAAAAAGAGAAGGAUGUCGAUAAGGAGAAUGUCUUCCCAGAAUCCCUGUAUUCCCAGCCUCUGGACUACUUUGGAGAGAACCUGGCAUACAUUGAUGAGUCCUCAGAUGCAGUUAGUGGAAAAUUACAUUUGGAUCCCCUGUUGGAUCCAACACAGCCCGUCUCUACACGCUCACGAAAGCCCAAGAGGAGACGGCCCAGAAGGCCACCCCCAGAGAAGAGCCCUAAAAUUAGCCCUACCAAGCCUGAGAAGAAAGAGCCCAAUGGAGACAUAAAACCCCCUGAAAAUCCACCGCCACCGAAGGAUAGAUGAACC